UGUUUUGCUCUGAUCAUUCGGAUUCCCGACUUUUUAAGUUAAGUGGUUGUGAUUCAGAACACUGUACAGAGCGUAAACCUUUCCCCAACUUUUCCUUCCCAAUAAAAUACAAUAAUUCUGAAAUUUAAUAAAGAUGACAAAUAUUUAACGAUUGAGGUACGGAUUAUAUCCUCCACACGAAUCGUGGAUUUUUCAUUCUAAUCACGUUUUAGGCAGUUCCAUUUCAAACCAAUACGACUAAUACUUUAACUAGUGUACUCACGCUAUAAAGUGAAUUUGGAUUAAAUUGCCAGGGUUUCCUUACAGUAUUCAAUUAGUUGAAUUUAAUUUCAAAAUCACACAAUCUACAAAUAUAACUGUUUGGGAUGCACUGAUCUAAAACAUAGUUACAAAAUCAAUAAUGAUAUCUAUAUGGGUGAGGUACAUAAACAGUUAAUCCGUCAUGUUCUGCAAUUGAAAGGAAACUCAGGAGCUAAUUUGAGCACGUGCAGGACUCUAGGGGUGUCAGAUGUCAGCACUGCGCUUAUAAAACAGUUUGAGGGAGGACUUGUGUAACAAUCACCCAGUUGGUUUGGUAACAUUGCCGUGUAAGUUAGAGAAGCACACAGACACACAUCAGUCACUUAGGUAUACUUGAAACGGCAGCUUCACUGAAGUAAAUAUAUUAAUAUAUGGAAAAGGCAGAGACUAGUUUCAUACUGUUUAGCUCUGUAAUGAAAAUAUGAACAUAUUUAAUUGGAAUCCACACUUAGAACAAAUCUAAAAACAGGCAUAGCUUUAUUUUGAAUGCACAACAUAGGGGACACAAAAGAGAUAAACAGCUCCCAGAGAAUCCUGCGAAAAACUAUCAUCCGUGGGAUCACUACAAUUCCUGACCCAUUGGAUUGCAGAGCUAGUAAGAAAUCUUUUUAAAGAAGUGUACCAGGAUGGGGAAUUUGAUUGCUCUUUGUCAAGGGGAUACAGAGUGAUUCCAAAAAAAAAGAAGAAGGAGGAAGAUCAAGAUCAAUCAGAAGCAGCAUCGUGCGGCAAAGAGCGGAAAACAAGAUAUUGACCGAAAAAGAAAAUCAAUAAACAGAGACCAAGGGAGUGUAUGCUCAGCACGCGCUCAACAGAAGCCCUAGCUCCCUGAAGGAUGUGUGACACAGGGGGAACAGUGACGCUCCUGACCCAGGUCCAGCAGAUGAUGGCUGAACUGCAGCUGGGCGAGCUGGACACAGAGGAGUUCUUCUGUCUCACUUUGUCCUUGCUGGGCCAUCAGAACACACAGGAGCAGUUCCUGGAGCUGAUAGAGCCUCUGGCACUAAGACAUGAGAAAGAGCACAUGUGUCUCACUACCAUCUUCCUGGAGUACUUCACACAGGCUCAGGCCCCAGGUGUGGAGGAGGAAGAGGUGGAAGUGGCUCUGGCUCUGUCCCUGCAGGAGCUGGGAGUGAGCAAACAGGAGAAACCCCAGCCUUCCUCACAUCCCGGAGCAAGGGAAUCACAGAGGGAGACUCCAUUCCAAUCAGGGAGUACGGACGUCUGCGUCAACGUUGCUGGUGAGGCGUCUCAGCCUGGGGCGGGCCAAGGUGUCCAGGCAUUGAAGGCAACCAGUUCCAGUGGAGAAUGCGAUCCCAGGCUGGAGCAGCUCAGCAGCAAAGGCUGUCAGCCUCCCAGCAGGGAAAGGGCAGGUGGUACACCGCCGGGCAACACUAGCCAACCAGAUGGGUCCCGGUCCUCCAGGAGGAGGAGAACCAGGAAAAAAGCUUCUUCAGUUCAUCGAUCCCCCUCCAUGCCAAGACCCGUCCUAGUGUGGAUCAGACGGGACCUCCGCCUGUCUGAUAACCCUGCUCUGGUUGGCUCCCUGGAAUUAGGGGCCCCUGUUAUACCAGUUUUUCUUUGGUGCCCCAGAGAGGAGGAGGGCCCCGGUGUCACUGUGGCAGUGGGCAGUGCCAGUAAGUACUGGCUACAUCAUGCCCUGCUGUGCUUUAUCCAGUCCCUGCACAAGUUAGGCGGCCACCUGGUGACACGGCGAGUGGAGACAACAACCCAGCAGGCUUUGCAGAGCCUAGUCUCUGAGACCGGGGCUGACACACUCUUGGCCAAUGCGUUGUAUGAGCCCUGGCUAAAGGAACGCGAUGAACUGGCAUUUUCAGCACUAGAAAGCCAAGGGGUGAAGUGUCACCUGUACCAUUCAUACUGCUUGCGAGAGCCAGGGUCGGUCUGCACUGAGGGAGUUGGGCUCAGAGGAAUUGGCUCCGUCUCCCAUUUCAUGAGCUGCUGUCAGCAUAACCCUGCUCCAGGCCUGGGAUCAGUCCUCCAGGCCCCUGCCACCCUCCCAGUGCCCUCUCAGUGGCCCCAGUCCGGUCCACUGGAUCAGCUGGAUCUGGCCAAGAUGCCACGCAGAAAGGAUGGCACAACAGUUGACUGGGCUGCUACGAUCCGCAGCUCCUGGGACUUCAGUGAGGAGGGAGCUCAUGCCCGGCUGCAGGAUUUCCUCUGUGAUGGUAAAACGUCAGGCACUAACUGUUCAGCAGAACCACACAAACCAGAACAAUUUGGUUGCUGAAACCAUUUUCCCCCAGGCCACCUCACGGGCCAUGUCUGCCUGGAACAGAAGUUUCCUUAAACAUUUGGCAUUAUCCUGGAAAGUAGAGGCAACACAGACCUUGAAUUCAAGAUCAAUUCCCCCCGUACUUUUCCAGUUUGUCUAGUACUAAGGGAAAUGUCUGAAACCAAUGGAAGAAACACAUCGAAUACCACAUGAGGUUGUAUCAGUCCAGGUGACAUCUUAGAAGUGCUGUUUGCAGUGAGAGCUUCGACCACAAGAUGGCAGUGUAACAUGACAAGUGGCAACUUCGUGACAUUUCAGUUUUUGUGAGAAAACUAGAUAGUUCCAAUCCAGAAAUAUGCUCCUCGCUGAAGGUAGUAAUCAAUAUCAAAUAAAGCUGUACAGGACACCGGUCCAUCACAGGGCACACACAGACACGAACACACUCACACCAGGGUAGGUUUUCCAAGAAGCUCAUGAAACUACCAGUAUAUCUCCACUUUGAGAGGAACUCAGAG